AUGGUUUUCAAAUAUGGCUACGCCGUAGCGGCUCUUCUUAUCGGUCCCGUCUUUGGAAGUCCAACAAACUCGAUAUUCAAGAGGACAACGCCUCAAGCCGAUUCUCGAAAAUCAUCUGAGGUCAAAAAUGCCUUUCGGACAGCAUGGGACGGAUACUAUGAGCAUGCAUUUCCUCACGAUACUUUGCUACCAGUCACUGGAGGGACCUCAGACGAUAGAAACGCCUGGGGAGUGACCCCCAUUGAUGCAUUGAGCACUGCAAUUAUAAUGGAGGAGAGACAAACCGUCAAUCAGAUCCUCAAGUAUGCGGCUACAAUUGACUUUACCACCACCAAAGAGGUAAACUCGUCAAUCUCGCUAUUUGAGACCAACAUUCGAUACCUUGGUGGAUUAAUAGCUGGAUACGACUUAUUGAAAGGCCCAAGGGUCGACCUUGUGGACAGCGCAAACUCCAAAUACGUCGACGCUCUUCUGAAGCAGGCUGCGACACUGGCCGACAGUCUCAGUAUUGCCUUUGAUACACCCAGCGGAGUUCCUGACGAUGCUGUUUUUCUCAAUCCGACCCGCCGUAUUGGUGGUUCAACUACCAACGGGCCAGCCGGCUUUGGCACCUUAGUUCUUGAGUGGACACGUUUGAGUGAUCUCACAGGCAAUAAGACAUACGCGAAGCUGGCUCAAAAGGCUCAAAGCUACCUUGUAGAUCCGACUGGCGUUCCUGAAGCCUACCCCGGCCUAGUCGGGUACAAUGUUGGAAUCAAGGAUGGUAAAUUCCAGGAUCAGAAUGGCGGUUGGGGAGGCGGCAUCGACAGUUUCUACGAGUAUCUGAUCAAGAUGUACUUGUAUGCGCCCGAUGAGUUCUCUCACUACAAGGACCGAUGGGUUACGGCGGCCGAUUCUACAAUGAAGUAUCUCGCUUCGCAUCCUACCAGCCGACCCGACUUGACGUUUUUGGCCGAGCAUAGCGGCAAGACGAUUAACCACUGGUCUGGACAUUUGGCAUCCUUCGCGGGCGGCAACUUCAUUCUUGCAGGUGUGUUGCUCAACAAACCCGAGUACACCAAAUUUGGCCUUGAGCUCGCGUCUUCAUACUACGAAACCUACAAGCAAACUCCCGCCAAGAUUGGCCCAGAAGGGUUCCAAUGGGUUUCUGCCGACGGUGGCAGCCCUCCACCAGCGAAUCAAGCCGAUUUCUUCAAGAAGGCUGGAUUCUGGUCCUACGCAGGCGGAUACAUUCUCCGCCCGGAAACCAUUGAGAGUCUGUACUAUGCGUACCGCGUAACCGGGGACAAGAAGUACCAGGACAUGGCUUGGGACGCAUUCACAGCCAUCCGCGACAUGUGCAAGGCUGGCUACGGAUUCUCAGGAAUCCGUGACGUGAUGAAGAAGGAUGGUGGGGGACACGAUAACUUCCAGCAGAGCUUUUUCUUGGCGGAGACGUUGAAGUAUUCUUAUCUCAUUUUUGCACAUGAGUCGGAGGUGCAGUUCCAUGGGCAAGGCAAGAACGCGUUUGUAUUUAAUACUGAGGCGCACCCGUUCCGAGUGCGUCACUAG